UCUCAGCCAUUCCAGCAAAGCGUAGCUUUGAAUAUGUUGUCGCACCUCAUGAAGUUGCCGUCGACCAAUUCGCCUUCAUUUCUGAUGCUCGGCUGGAGGAAAUCAAUAACAAAAUGUACGGUCAUAGGGGGAUUAAUCUCCUGCGCAGCCCACCGUCUUCAGGCAAGACAACGCUCUCCAAACUACUCCAAAAUUACCUUAUUAACAAGAAACAUGAUGUUGUGUGCAUUUCGAUGUCUACUUUGGAGAGAUAUCCCCGUUCUGUGGAAGGCUUGAACCGUUUCGACGAAUUUUUCAAACAAUUUACGCGAAAUUCAUUUUCUUCCCUUUUGUCUCGCACAUCUCCAACGGAUAUCAUAAUAGACGAAUGUCAGGUGCUCUAUGAUCAAGCUGAAUUCUUCUGGGCUCUUUUGAAAGACCGUUUUGAUCAUCCAAUAUAUUACCCCAACUCCACUCUUCCCUCCUUAUGUAUUCUCCUUCUAAGUAUGUAUGAAGAUCGUCCUGGUGCAGGCUCAAAAACGCCUUUGGACUUUCCUGAUAAACUAGGUUUGGACGACUUGCGCCUCACUCAUGCCGAAUUUAACCACAUAGUUGGUAAAUUCACACACAAUGCUUUGGAAGAGCAUGACUUCGAGUUUGUCAUUGAGGAAGAUGUAACGAAUGCUAUACUCACCUCUACUCAUGGACAUGCCAGUCUCAUUAUGCGCACUUUAGAACUCCUGCGGAACUAUUGUCGGCACAACCAAUAUAAACCUGAAAAUAAAUUGACUGAAAAAAUGCUUACGUAUAUGGUUUCUCCUGGCUAUUUCGCCGCUCUUCAGGAGACACGUGUGUUCGAUUGGAUAAAAGCUCUGAAACUCACGAAAGAUGUUCAAGCGUUCUGGUCUGUCACUCAUGCAGGCGACUCUGACAGUGGUCGUUUACAAUUCGCUGCCCCACUCGUUCGUAUCAUCCUUGGUCAGCACCUUUACACUGCAAAUAUGAGUCUUACUCGGUCAGACGGAGAUUUUGAUGUGUUUUUACAGCUCAGCAUUCAACGCAUGAGACCUUCCAUCCUUAGGAGCUCUCUAGGCCAUGGUGUGAGAGAGGGUGCACGGUUAUAUGAGAGGACAUGGCAAAUGGAAUGGAACUUGGCAGCAAGCACAGCCAUGCCACAAGGACACAUGAUCAGCCCUGACGUCAGUCCAGUAUAUGGCGUAACAGGUUACCUGGAUUUUUACAUUAACGACGGUCUUGAAUGGGGAGUAGAACUCAUGCGAGAAGGACAGAAAUUGGAUGAUCACAUCAAAUGCUUUGAAAAAGGAGGUGCAUAUUAUAAGAUACCUCGCAAGCAGUGGGCGAUCAUUGACUUUCGCCACUAUUCAAAUAUUCCUGCCACUUUAGAAUCGGAUGUCUGGUAUGCACUGUAUUCUGAUGAUUACAAGAACAUUAUCAUAAGGCGAAAAGACAACGAAGACAUCAUUUUGGCUCUGCAUGGUGAUGAUCAGGGCAUCUCUCCUGAUUUGAUUCGAGAACAAGAGGUUAAAGAGGACAUUUGA